AUGGCCCUCCCAGGUACCGCCCACAAAUACACAAAAGGCCUAAUCGCCUUCGAACACGCCUCCACUCACCCUUCGUCCUCAUACAACACCGUCCUCUGGAUAGGUGGCCUAACAGACGGUCUCCUCACGGUCCCCUACCCCUCGCUCAUCGCUGCCUCCCUCCCACCAACCUGGUCUCUUGCCGAAGUCCUCCUUACAUCCUCCUACAGCGGUUGGGGCACCGGUAGCCUGGCGCGCGACGCGACUGAACUAGGGGAAUGCGUGGCAUACUUCAAGAAAUUGAGACCGGGGAAGAAGAUUGUGCUUAUGGGGCAUUCGACAGGAUGCCAGGACAUCAUGGAGUACUUGCUUGGAAAGGGCGCAGAGGGAAGGCACAAAGUAGAUGGCGUGAUACUACAGGGUGGUGUAAGUGAUAGGGAGGCGUGGGAAGAUUAUUACAAAGAAGGGGAAAGGAGAAAGCAACUAGAAGACGCGAUCCGGUCAUCCAAAGAACUAGUAGACGCAGGCAAAGGCGAGGAAGUCUUAUCGCCGGAAAGCAAUCCCGUCUUCAAAGAUAUGGGCGGCCCACUCAACGCCUACCGCGCAUACUCCCUCCUCGCCAAAGGCGGCGACGACGACUACUUCUCCAGCGACUUCUCAGACGGACACUUCGCGACUACAUUUGGCACGAUACCAAAGAGUACGCCGGUAUGCUUCCUCCUCGGAUCCGACGACCCAUACGUCCCGGCCAGCAUCGACCGAGCAGCCCUACUCAAGCGCUGGACGCGCAUAAUACGGGAAGGCGGCGGUGUUGUGGAUGAUGUUGAUGGUGGUGUGAUACUGGGUGCACAUCAUAAUCUUGAUGGGGAUCCGGAGGAGGUAGUUCAGGAUCUCGUGCGGAGGGUUUGUGGGUUUGUUGCUAGACUGGACCGUGAUAGGGCGCAGUUGGCCAAACAGAUGCGUUUGAUAUAG